AUGGAAGAAGUUCAACGGUAUUAUCCAGACAAAGCUAGAGUGGUGAACAUUGGUAAUACUGAAGAAGGACGACCUAUUAAAGGUAUCAAGAUCGGCACCGGAGUUCAUCGGACUGAUAAGCGAGUGAUUUGGAUUGAUGGUGGUAUUCAUGCCAGAGAAUGGGCAGCUGUUCACACGGUUAUCUAUAUUAUCGAUAGACUGAUAGCAGACUAUGACACGGAUCCUUUGGUUCGUCGUGCAGUCGAUCAGCUCAACUUCUACCUCUUCCCAGUUCUCAAUCCCGACGGCUAUGAGUAUUCUCGUAGCGGAGUGUCCCCUAUGAUUCGAUUAUGGCGAAAAAACCGUUCGUCUAUGAUCUGUAAGAAGGAUCAAUGGUUCCGUGAACGCUGUUGUGGUGGUGUGGAUCUCAACCGAAAUUUCGAUUGGUUUUGGGGAGAGAUUGGCUCGAGCUCUGAUCGCUGUUCCGAGAUCUAUCAGGGGAAGGCGCCAUUCAGCGAGAGUGAAUCCAGGAACAAGUUGGCAGAAAAGCAGUUGGAGCUUUGGAGAGCGUUUAUGGUACCAGAUAUCGAUUUGGAACCGGAGCCGAUAUCCUGUGUAGACCCAUCGUCUGGUGGAUCUGAUGACUGGGCUAAAGGAAAAGGCGGCGCCAAGUAUGUUUAUCUGAUGGAACUGCGUCCAAGUGAAGAAGUAUGGGAUGGAUUCAUCCUCGACUCACGUCAAUUGAUUCCAACCGGACGUGAGACAUGGGCCGGUGUCAAGGUGGUUAUCGAGGCAGUAUUGAAGCUGAGACGAGUAUGGGAUGGAUUCAUCCUCGACUCACGUCAAUUGAUUCCAACCGGACGUGAGACAUGGGCCGGUGUCAAGGUGGUUAUCGAGGCAGUAUUGAAGCUGAGACGAGACAUGCCUAAUAUAUCCACUGCGAACACACAAAUUAGUCCUGUAUCAUCACCUGCAUCUUCUGUAGCGGAGACAAGCACAACGACCAGCAGUAGCACCACCACUACAACCACUACAACCGACUAUGGCAACGACGACUACGACGUUCUUCACAACACGCAGUACUACAACAAUGGACAUCGCCACCUGGGGUAUUGA